CCUCUCCACCAUGAAGGGGACACUUCUUCUGCUGGCCUUGCUGAUGAUUGGAGAGCUGGGCUUCCAUACAACAGAAGCAUGUGUUCCUUUCUUUGCUGGAUAUGCUGGUGUUAUCUCAGGAAGCAGGCUGUGGUUGUAUCAUGAACUUAGCGCAUUCAAUGGUACACCUAAGGAAACAGUGGCCUAUGAAAAAAUCCAGGACUGCUACAAAGAACAAGGAGUUAAAUCCCAAACACUGGAACCACAAAUUUUGGCCUCUAUACUUGUCACCCCAGAAUGCCUGCAGUACUAUUCCGAAGAAACCUUUACGAAAAUUAAGGAUGCAUUAAAAAAAAUAUCACAACAUUAGAAGUUAAUGGGUUAUAGGCAACCCAUAUUUGCAACAUGUCUAAUCUGAGCACCAUCUUGCUGAUCUGUCCUUUUUCUCUCCUGAAGUUGGAUUCCUGACACCUGUGCCAUCAUCCUGCACUCUCUUAGGCUGAUUCUAAUAAAUGCAUGCAGCU